AUGGUUGGAAGGAUACAGGGAUCAGUCAUCGUUGCGGCGGUGACCGUUCUAGCCGAUAUCGGCUACCGGAAUGAUUUCUUCGAGGGUUGCAGGGAGCAUGAACCCGACGUCAAAAUCCGUCCGCGGUGUGUUUAUGUGCCGCCUGGGUGGCUGGAAAGCGACACCUACCGGCGGUUUCCUCACGUGGCACUUGGAAAGUACCCUUUUUGGAGCGACGACUAUUACAACACAGUGCUGAACUUGACUCGGGCGUCGAUCCGGCGGAUCUUCAUUGUAAACGGCAUGGGAAAAGGCACGUUCGUGGAAUUCACAACCGUCCGGAGCAGCUGCAAGGUGACCGAUACGCCCGUCUACUCGGAGAAGCUCUGUCGACCUACCAGUAACAAGGCAAAUGGUUGGUGUCAAGCAGGAUUCGACUAUAAUCUGCCACAUAGAGUUCUGGUGGUGGUCUGUAAAACGCUUAAAUGA